AUGAAGGUCUUCUCCAACGCCGUCACCUACAACUACUCCUGGGACGAAGUAUCAACCGCCAACUGGCGGAAGUACGGCCCAUGGAACAACAAGUCGGAGCACGUCAUCGCCGUGGACACGCUCUCCCGCACCGUCGAUCCCGAGACGGGCAUCCUCCGCACCGAACGCCUCAUCACCUGCAAGCAGUCGGCGCCUGACUGGCUCAAGACCCUGAUGGGCAACUCGAUGGACGUGAGCUACGUCUUCGAGGCGUCCUACGUCGACCCGGCCCGCAAGACCCUCACCAUGGUCAGCCAGAACCUGACGUGGAGCAACCUCGUCAACGUCCAGGAGGAAGUCACCUACACCCCCCUCGGCAACCACCAGACGCAAUUCCAGCAGUCGGCGCGCGUCACCGCCCUCUGCGGCGGCUGGCAGCGAAUCAAGAACAGCAUCGAAGACACCCUCGUGACGCGCUUCAAAGAAAACGCCGUCAAGGGCCGCGAGGGAUUCGAGCGCGUCCUGGAAAUGAGCCGCAUCGUCUUCGCCGAGGAGAAGGCCCGCCAGCGAGCCCUCCUGUAA